AGUCGACAGAAGAAGACAAAAGCAGAAACAGCACCAUUGCGUUUGCACGGAAAUUUCAUUCAUUGAAUUUUUAUUAAUUUGGCACUGGUAGAAGUCUAGUUAUUUCAUUUACUUGCCAGAAUAACCAACUGGUGCCGCAUUUGUUUUUGUUUCGCAUCAUUUCAAAACAAACUCGCGCUCAGUGCUUAAAAUGUGAAAUAAUUGGGUUUUUCGCUCGGGAAUUGUGUGACGCGGCCAUAUUUAAAAAUAAUUAAUAUCGAAUGCAGUGCAAAGACGAAGGGAGGCCACUUAAAUUACAUAAAUACUGCUUGGAAGAAAACUGCACUUAAAGUGUACUGUCAAGCUAACGUCAUGAUGGACCGCAAGAAGGUGCUUGAAUUGGACAAAAUCUGUCGCUUAUGCAUUUCGGAGCGCAAGGAAAUGCGUCCACUUUUUAGCGAAAAAGUACCCGAAAUGCUUAUGGAUUGCACCAGCGUGCGCGUCGAGCCUACCGAGGGCUGGCCAGAUAAAAUCUGCGUGCAAUGUGUCCAUGCGGUCAGUCGAAAUCAUGCAUUUAAGUCGCUCGUCGAGCGCAGCGACAAGGAACUACGUGAAUAUAUUAAAAGCCUGACGGUACGCAUGGUGAUGGAUGAGUCGCUGACGCCGCAAGAGCGUAAACAGCAAAAGCUGUUACAAAAGCAGCUCAAGCAGCAGCAGCAGCUUGAGGAGCAGCAACAGAAACAACAACAACAACAACAACAACAACAGAAGCCCAAAAACAAAUUGAAGCCGCUGCUGCGAAAAGGAACUUCACGGCAGUCGAAGAAACAGCAAGAUGUGGUACAGUUGUUGCCUGAGCCUGCGCCACCGCCGCCGCCUCCACAAUUAGUUACCCAGCAGCAACAACAGCAGAUACAACAGAUUCAGUUACCCACGCUGCAGCCGGCGCCUGCGCAACUUAUGCCAACAACGACGGCACAGCAAAUCCUCUUGCCGAACGGCCAGUUCAUAACGACGCAAAUUGUGACGCCGCAGCUGGCGCAGAUUAUCGGCGCGCAAACGACGACAACGAACGCCACGGCCUCAGCACAGGCACAAUUCCUGCCACAGUUGCUGCAGGCGCCCAAUGGCCAAACGCUGCAAAUUGUCCAGCAGCCGAACGGCACACAGACCCUCCAACUGGUGCAGUUGGUGCCGCAGCGUAGCAUGGCGCCGGCGAUCACAACGACGACCACAACGGACAUGUGCACAACAAGUAGUGGGGCUUCCCUAACAGAUGCAGAUGUGCAGCUUUUGGACGAUGCCGAAAUGGAUGAUGAGGAGCUAGAAGAGGUCUAUGAGCAAUUGGAUGGCAAGGAUCACACGUUCGAGACGAUUGUGCUGGACGAUGACCAGCAGCAGGAUUUUCUAAAGGAACAACAGCAUCAAGUUCUACUUGACGAGGAGCUCACGCACAGCGACACACAAGAGCAGGAGACCGACGAAUACUUUGACGAGCAGCUGCUGCAUCACGAGGAUGGCGUCAAGCACGAGGAUGACGACGAUGACAAUUUCAUCAUUGAGGAAAUACAACUAGAUGAAGAUAUGCUUGACGAUGGGGAAGGAGAUGUAGAUGGGGAUGCCAUGACGCAUGUCGAUGAUUGCGAGUACAUAACCGAUGAUCAGGAUCACGGCCUUGGCGGUGAUGUGGAUGAUGAGCUGCACUAUGCCAUUAUGGAGCCGACCGAUGGCGAUGUCAGUGCCAGCGAUAUUGAUCAGGCCUUUAUCGAUGUCGAGGCACAGCAGCAGCAAGAGUUGCAGGAGCAACACCAGCAACAACAACAGCAGUCCGUGGACAUUCAUAGCAUAUCACUUGAAAAUGCUGUGGUGGAGUUUGGCCAGGAUACUUUGGUCGCGCCCACGUUGCACGUCAGCAAUACGCCCAGUCCCACGCCCAGUUCAGCGAAGCGCGCACGUCGUGGCAACGCGCAAACGCAUAGCAAUCAACUGGUGGAGACACCCUGCAACCACCAGCACAGUCCACCCACUAUAAGCAGCAAACUAGCCGCAUCCAAUUCGCGACAGUUGGUGCAGACCGCCUCGGUGAUUGCAGCAGCGGGCGCCGAUGAUAAUUACGAGAUAGAUGCCAAUCUGGUCACGGAAUUUAUCAGGCAACACACAUCGCCGCUGGGCUCUGGGCGUUACAUUUGCCAUCUGUGCAGUACCGAGUUUCGGCAGUUCAAGGGCUUGCAGAAUCACAUGCAUUCGCACACCAACUGGAUAAGGGCCAAUUGCAAGAAGCAGCCGCAGUGCGAGAUCUGCCUGAAGAGUUUCAAGGGGCCGGGCAUGCUGCGCAUGCACAUGAAGACGCACGAUGCUGAAACGAGUACCCCAUUGUGCAACAUAUGCAAUCGCACAUUCAAAUCGAAAGCGAUACUCUAUAGGCACAGGCAGACGCAUCAGCAGCGCGCCUAUUGUUGUGGUGUGUCCAAUUGCCGCAAGAACUUCUCCAAUGCGGCCAAUCUGCGCUGGCACGUGGAGCGUAAGCACCCGGAAUGCGUUGACCCGUUGUACAAGUGCGGCGAAUGCUCCACACUUUACGAUAACAUCGACAAUCUGCAGCAGCAUGUAGAGAACACGGACCAUGCCAGCAGCAAUGGCAGUGAAACACAAACAAUUGUCACCAGCUCAAAUGCCGCAUUCAGCGGCGCCGUCAGCAUUGUCAGCAAUGGCACUGACAUGUCCAGCAUGAUAGCGGCUGCCCCCAAUGCGCUUAGCGGCACAGCUGGGCCGGGUGAUACGCAUGCUGUGGUCGUUGGCUCCUCGGGCGAGAUGUACUUUGUGACGCAGGCGUAGCCAGCGCAGUUUGCCGACAUAACCGGCAAUUCCGAGUGCCUGCUCGGCAUGUAAAUCCUAAACAGGCAUAUAGAUUUACAGAACUAUACAAACAUCUUGAUAUACAAAUAUAUAUAUAUAUAUAUUUUUAUACUUCACCAUAGCAUAUGUAUUCGUAUAUAUAAAUUAUACUUAGCAUACAACCACACACACACACACUUACAGAUACACACACACCCAUUGCAAUCCUAGUUGUCUGUCAUCGUAGCUUUGUUCGUAGUAUUCGAAUUUCGUACACGGCGUUCAAUUGUAUAAUAAUAAAUAAAAAUGGCCGGUUUUAUGCAUAAGUUCUUAGGUUUAGGCAACAGUAAACAAACCGAGCAGACAGCCACGAUGCUUUAAAUAAUUAUAUUACAUAAAUGAAUGGCUAUGGCAUACCCGUACAUCUGUCUGCAUGUACAUAUGUGUGUCUCUGAUGUAUUCAUUGCGACUAAUAUAAACCAGUGGCGUUUCGAAUAUCAAACUGGAAUUUAUUUAGACUACAAUUUUCGGCUUGGUUUUCAUUGUUGGGCAUUGACUAUUA